AUGCGCAGUCCGAGGGCUUUGAAAAUUGUGUCCUUGGCUGUGGGCCAUGGCCAUGGCGCAGAUGGCAGCUCCACCCCGAUCGGCCAGACCUACUACGCCUUCGAGGUGAACUUCGACGGGAAGGCUUGGGAUUUCCUUGGCCCCGCCCGGCCCCGCAUGGCCCGCGAAAGCAACCUUGCAGACGUUGACGAAUCGCGCCGUCUUCAAUGGAUCCUUCGACUUUCACUGGGACGCGCACUCUUCGAAAGCAGCCAAGGCCGGCCGUGGGCCAUAGCCUGGACUUCGCAGCUUGCUGUCGGCCACUGUGAUUCUGCGAGCCCUCUGCCAACUGCGGAAUCGCCUGCGCCCACGAAGCGUGUGGUGUUCGCCCAGUUUCGCUGGGAGGCCAUGAAGAUGGAUCCAGAGAAGGAGAUUCGGAUCGGCCUGCACCGUGCCCAGCACCCCAAGAGCCUGAAAGCUGGAAAUUUCCUGAGCCGAGAGAUCUCGGAAGCGCUGCUCCGGGGGAUGAUCUGGACGACCUUCGUCGAUCCUGGGGAUGCGGAGGUCAACUUCCAUCGCAGCUCCCUCUUUGCGAAGUUGCAGCUGCAGCCCGCUAGUGCCGACAUCAACUGCUCCUGUUGCGCAGCGCGGCUUUUCUCCUCGAAGGCACUCCGCGUGGUUGAGUCGCCACGUCCUUCUCUUGACGAGUGCCCGCCAGGCUCACUGCUGAUACGAGCAAGAUAUGCAUCUCUUUGCGGUUCCGACAUUCCUUAUUUUCGAGACAUGACAUCGCGAGCGCCCAGCUGUUACUGGGACCGCGACGGCUUUUGCGGGCAUGAGGUGGUAGGUGAGGUCCUGGAGUCCAGCACCGAAAGGUUUGCCAAAGGGGAUUCCGUUCUCUCCUUGCCGUCCUCCUAUUUUAAGGCCCAUGUUGCAACGCAGCAAGAGUGGUACGACGAGGCGGUGCACAGCGUGCUUCUAACAAACUUUCCUGUCCGAGGAGGUUUCAGUGUGACGUGA